UUAUCUGGUUGGUGUUGUGCCCAUCAAAGGGAGGUUGUAAUGAUACUGUAUAUAUAGCAGCUGGAGAAUCAACCCAGUGCACAGAGGGACCUGAAACUUUAAUGAAAUAUUGAUUGAAGUUCUGGUGCAAUCAUGAAGGUGCUGCUUCUUGGUCUGGCACUGCUCUUCACAGGGGCACAUGGAAAACAUUUCUGGCAACAGGAUAAACCACAUGAAUCCAACCUAUGGAGCAUUAUAGAAAAUGGUAUUGCAAUUGCAGCAGAUACAUUAAAAAAUCUGGAACAUUCAGAGAUAGCAGAAAAAUUUAAGCUUUCCGAGAAGUUGGAAGCUGCAAAAAAUAAUGCAGAACAGUCAAAGAAGGUGCUUGAUGACUAUUUUCAUGAAGUCUGGAAGGAUUAUGAUGAAAAGUUGCAUAAGAAUUUCCCAGUCUUGAUGAAAAACGUUUACCCUCUUAUGAAGAAAUUUGAUGAUAAUGUAGAAGAAGUGGUCAUAAAAUCUGUAAAGCAGCUUGUGCCAGUUACAUCUGAAUUUGUAUCUGGGUUAAAGGAAGAGAUGAACAAGUUUUGGGUCGGUGUUGGAGACAUGGCUGGAAAAGCCAGGGAUGAAAUUCGGGCCGAAUUUGACACUUUACGUACCAAAGUCCACCCUUAUGCUGAAGAGGUCAAAGGAGAAUAUGAGAAGUACAAAGAGAACAUGAAGACUAAUUGGGAAGGCAAAGCCAAACAUAUGAAGGACGAGGUGGAAAAAGAUCUCGAAGAACUAGGGGAAAAACUUAAACCUUAUUUUGAAGAGAUUAAAAAACAAGUGGUCCCACACGCUGAGGAUAUGCAGAAGCAUGUAGAAAUUCUAAUGAAAGCAAUUCAUGAAUAUUUUGAUGAAUAUUGAUGAUAAAAACUAAACACAGUUUCAAAUGUUGAAACCUGAAAUCUUUCAACUGUAGGUCUUUCUGAUCCACUAAAUGAUGUAUCUGGAGCCACAGCUCUUUCUUAACCAUUGAUUAUAAAAUAAAAAUGCAUCUUAUCUAUUGAUAUUUAUAGAUAUCUACUGUAUCUAUAUGUUUGACAGUUUCGUUGCACUUUCAUAUUUUAUUGUAAUGUCAUAUAGUCCCAUAUUAAAUCCUCAACACUGGAAACCAAAA